UAGGUUUCACGGUAUUUAUUGGCCCUCAUUUCUACUUGCCGCGAAUUUAGAACUUCCCAAAACCCUCUUUUGCCAUUCUCAUUGGACCGUGGAUGAUGAGAAAAUGUCUAAAUCAAAGAACAACGUCGUUUCUCCAUUUAAUAGAAGUUUAUUGUACACGUGCGACGGUUUAAGGUACUUUCUAUUGAGGGAGGGGGUGGCUCAUUCGGAUGGAAAUUAUAGUGACACAAAACUUACCCGCAUUCUCAACUCGGAGCUGGCGGAUACAUUGGGUAAUUUAUUAAGCCGCUGCUGCAGCUCUGCUUUAAAUCCUAAUCAGGUAUUUCCGGAAAUUGAUUCUGAAGCUUUUGAACGAGUGGCUUCCAUGGACGUGACAAAGAAAAUAAUGGACGCUGUCAUGAAGCUGCCAGAAAUAUGCGAGCAACACUAUUCGGACUUAAACUUUUAUAAGGUGGUCGAUGCAACUAUUGCAACGCUGCACGUUACGAAUUUAUUUUUCGAGAGCAUCAAACCGUGGGAAUUAAGGAAGAAGCCGGAAUCGAUGGACCAAUUGAACGUCGUCUUGCAUUUAACUUUGGAAACAUUGAGGAUCUGCAGUAUUAUACUGUCUCCCAUAAUACCUUCAAUUUCCGACCGUAUAUUGAACAAAAUGAGCGUGCCUAAAAGUCGAAGGCUAUGGAAAGAAGUGCGGAGUCAAUCGUGGAACGACCCCAGUUUCAAACAGGUUAAAUUAUCAACAAGUACGGCUGUCAUUUUCCAACGUAUUCUGGACGAGAGGAAGAAAAAUAGUAGGUUGUAACAGUAAAAAUGUACAGUUUUCAUUUUUAUUUCCUUCUCUAUGUACACGUAUUUCCAAGAUACAUUUAUAGUAAGGGUAUAAAACAUUGAUUUUGUUCAGUAAUCAGCACGAAUG